UUCCUUCGAGGUAAGCUACACGGGGUCCCCCGUAGCAGGAAGAUAUGGAAAAUUGUGAUUGAAUCGAUGGCUCUCGUUCUCGCUGUAAGAAUUGAGCUGCAUGGCGAGAAGUAGCUGAAUCGUCUCCCUAUUGUUGUUCUGGUCAUCGCUCAAUUACCUUGUCCAACCUCACCCUGAUAGCCUACAGGUCUUUUUUACCUGCCCGCUUAGUUCCUCGCCGUUAUACAGCCCGCGAGCUUUGAUGUCUUGUUCACCCACGAUCAUAUAGCUUUUCCGCAGUAAAAGCAGCCCUUGCCUCUCGAAAUUUGCAGGUCCGUGCAACCAGUCGCUGUACUCGUAGCGCACUGAAAGCAAACACCCACCAAAAACCUCUCGACUCUGAAUAGCCGGCCAAAGCCACCUCACGAUAGGCUUUCCUCAUCUUUUUGCGGUCUCUGUUGCCCGUUUGAUAGCUGCACAGCACAUCCCAUCUCCCAAGAUCCUCCUCUUUGAUCCAGAGCCAAACAAGGUGCGUCGAAUCCCCAUCCACAUCUUUUUCCUGGCAAAACUCUGUUCCUCGUCGUCUAUUUGGCCCAAGUACAGACGAGGCAGCUUGAAGCAAUUGGCAGACGGAGCUUGGCGGGCGACGUCACGUUCCUUCCUUUUCCACCAGCUUCUGCCCACAACAAGCAGGCGCGACAUAAACACGCUUCCUCCCCCACCACCUCUCUCAUUCCUUUCCUCUCCACCACACACCACUCACCACCUGUCACACACUCUCUUGCUCUGCAACACCGACUGACUUUUUCUGUCUCUUUUGCAGUUCCUUCUACACUUUUCACCUUCCUCAUCUUCGAUCGUCUCCAGACAGCAAUCAUGUCCUGGAACGGCGGCAACGACGACGGAGCUGCCUGGAACGACGGUGGCGAUGAUUGGCACGAUACGACUGCUGCUCAGGAUGGCGCUGCCUGGGGUGGCGGCGGUAGUGAUGGCGGUGGCUCUACUGACAUGAAGUGCCGCAACUGCGCAGGUCCUCAUCGCACCCACGAGUGUCCCAACCCGGGCGAUGGUGGCGGCUUCUCCGGCCAGGGUGGCGGCUUGACUGGCGAGUGCUACAACUGCGGCCAGGUUGGUCACAACAAGGCUGACUGCACCAACCCCCGCGUGGAGCGUCCCUUUGACGGUACUUGCAACGUCUGCAAUGAGCAGGGCCACCAGGCUCGCAACUGUCCUUCCAACCCCGAACUCAUUUGCAAGCUCUGCAAAAAGCAGGGACAUAAAGCCGCUGAAUGCCAUGAGCGCCGUUACGUUGACUGGACCGGAGUUCCUGAGCUUGAGGACGAGGAGGCCUGGGAAAAGCUCGUCGUCGCUGCCAAGAACAAGGAUCUCGACGCUUUCAAGAUCUGCCUCAAGGCAUAUGCCCGCGCUCUGGGAGAUAAUCUCAAGCUCCCCGAUGUCGAGGCCGCUCUGCGUGAACACGAACUUCCCGUCUAUCUUAAGGCUCUUCUUCCUAGCGGCCUGGCUAAGAACAACACCAUCGUCGAUAUGCUCGGCAAUGCCGACUGCAAGUACAUUCUGUCUUUCCAGCUUACCGCCAAGCCUAAGCGUAUGAAGUCUGCCGUUGGCUGGCCCAAGGAUGAUGCCGAGAACAUGGAGCGUCUUCAGUCGGCUGGUAGCAUCCAGGACUGUGGUUUGCCUCUGUGCCGCAACUGCAACGAGCUUGGACACAUCGCCAAGUCUUGCCCCCAGCCCAAGGUCGAGGUCGAGGAUACUCACAAGGUCGUGUGCGGAAACUGCAAGGAAGAGGGUCAUCGUAUGCGCGAUUGUCCCAAGGAGCGCUUCAACCCCAACGCCUGCAAGAAUUGCAAGCAGGAGGGUCAUAUGGCUGCCGACUGCACCGAGCCUCGCUCUGCUGAUGGUGUUACGUGCCGCAAGUGCGAACAGAUGGGUCAUUUCUCUCGUGAUUGCCCCAACGUCGAAGCUCGUCCCCCUCGUACUUGCCACAAUUGUGGAUCUGAGGAUCACAUCUCCAAGGAGUGUGAUCAGCCUCGCAACCCCAACAGCGUCACUUGCCGCAACUGCGAGAAGCAAGGUCACUUCUCUCGCGAUUGCCCCGAGCCCAAGGAUUGGUCCAAGGUCCAGUGCUCCAACUGCGGCGAGAUGGGUCAUACCGUCAAGCGUUGCCGCAAGGUCGUCGAGGAUGACGCGGAAGCCAACGGUGGUGGCGGUGGCGGCUGGGGUGCCGAUGAUGCUCCCGCUGCUUCCUCCGGUGGUGGUGGUGGCUGGUAAAUACAUCGCCUGCAUUUGCAGCGUGACUGUUAUACACUUCUUCUCCGACUUCUUCGAUGGAAAGCGACAUGACGGUACUCGUUUCAAGGGUAUCGUUGCGUUGAUGAACAGACGGGAGGCUUC